UCCUCUCUCUCUCUCUCUCUCUCUCUCUCUCUCUCUAGAAGCUUCUUCAACCUCAGUUUCUCUCUCCUCUGUGUUCGUCUUCCUGCUUGUGCAUGGCUAUGAGGUUAUUGGCUCAUGAGGUCUCUGACAUAUGCCUUGGAAAGCCCCCACUAAGGUCCAUCCCUGUCUCCGCCACACUCGCCCAUGCCCUCUCUGUGCUCAAGAGGCUCCGUCAAAACUACAUCAGCGUUUGGAGUUGCACCUGCCAUUCCUCCAAAACUGCCUCCGAUCAUGAUUGCCGAUGUAUUGGCAAGGUUUCUGUUGUUGAUGUUAUCUUAUUCCUUUGUAGAGAAGAGAACCUCUCGCAACCUGCUGUCGCGCUUCAAUCUUAUGUUUCGAUUCUCAUUCCUGAGGUUCCUGUCGUCGUUAGGUAUUUAGAGCCUCAUGCUAGCUUGGUGGAAGCCAUAGAUCUCCUCCUCGAAGGCGCGCAAAAUCUCGUAGUCCCAAUUCAAACUAAAACCUCUGCAAAGUCCAGAAAGAAGGUUCUCAAGGAAGUUGCACCAUUCGACUGCCCGCUUCACAAUGACCUUGAAUACUGUUGGCUCACCCAAGAGGACAUAAUCCGUUACCUCCUCAACUCUAUUGGGCUUUUUUGCCCAACCUCCAUCACUCCCAUUAAUUCCCUCAACGCCAUCGACACAGCUAACAUCCUUGCUGUACACUACGACGAUCCUGCAUUUUCUGCCCUGCCCCUCCUUUCUCAAGCCAUCAUCCAGCAAUCCUCCGUUGCAAUUGUCGAUUCAGAUGGGAAGUUGAUCGGAGAAAUCUCACCCCUCACAAUGAAUUCUUGUGAUGUAACUGUAACGGCUGCGAUUGCGACACUUUCAGCUGGUGAGCUAAUGGCGUAUGUUGACUAUGGUAACCCACCGGAGGAUUUGGUUCAUUUGAUCAAAGACAGACUGGAAGAAAGAAACUUAGGGGCACUGUUGGACUGGGUGGAAGAAGAGACAGCAAUAUUCUCAUGUUCUUCAUUUUGUUCAUCUUCCUCAGAUGAUGAUUCUGUCUCUAGCUGGGGAAGCAGUGGAAGGUUACGAAGGUGUUCAACCAGGCAAGUGAGGAGCUCAGAGGCUGCUGUGUGCAAUCCCCGGAGUUCAUUGGUGGCAGUGAUGAUUCAAGCUCUUGCGCGCCGUGUUGCAAGUAUGUGGGUGAUCGAAGAAGAUGGAGCCUUGGUCGGUAUCAUCACGUUUGCAUCGAUGCUGAAGAUUUUCCAGGAGCACUUGAAAUCCAUGCGUUAAAAGGACAACAGCAACAGCUUUGCCUAAUCUUAACCCGAAACUACAUUAAUAACGUUCUACAUUGGGUGUGGCUUUCAACUCAGUUGUGUUAUUUUGCUCACUUUAUUUUGGAUCCAAUGUGAAUCAUGUAAAUCCUUAACACGUACAGACUCACUUUCUAUAAGUUCUGAUGAUAACCGUAGAUUAUUGCAGCUUUC